ACAGUUGGCUUUUUGCAAUACACGAAAAACUUGUUGGAUCGAAUUUCCAGAUGUAUGGAAUCUUGACAAUUACGGAGCGAAUGGUACUCGACACUGUAACUCUCCACACGAAAGUCCCGUAUAAUGCACAAAUCCCACACAAAGAGCCGUUAGAACGCUACACGGCCCUCAUUCUUUUCACGCCCGGCGGCAUACUGACGUAUGUCGGAAAUUUGUACGUGUGGAUCUGCAAAAGAGUCGACAUCAUUCAGGAAAAGGACUUCCAGGAAUUUCUCACAGCAGGAGACAUCAUCGUUGUCGACAGGGACAUAUUCGACCAUAAUCCGUCUUUGCCAGAAGGUGUUUCUGCAAUUGUUUUUGACGAGAGCUGGGAGGAUUUGAAAUACACGCGAGAUGAUCUGAUGCGACGAUUGAUGGAAUACGAGGCGAUAAAGUGUGUCCCAUCUGAACUUUCGCAAUAUCCAAAUGUUGUUUGGCGAGUGAUUGCCCUCUUGGUGAAUUAUUCCUAUUUGACGAGACCUAUGAAAUAAUAUACACAAUUCAUCCCGUGCCAAGAAUGUCAUAUGUAAAUUUGCGCUUUAUAUAGCUCCAGGAAGCAAGAAAAUUUGUACCU